AUGAUCGAUCCGACGGUAAGCGCCUCUGCCCACAGCCCAUCCCUAACCCUAACCCCAGCCCAAAUCCUGACUCUGCCCCCUCCCGCCCCAGUCCGCGACCCGCUGCUGGACAUGGUCUUCCAGGCGGCCUCCGACGACAACCUCCCCCGCUUCAAGGGUACGCUGCCCCCUCCCCCGUCCCGGAUUCCGACCCUGACCCAGUUUCGUUGCUUGACUGCUAACAUUUUGGAGGCCCAAUCCAUCGCAGCGCUGGUCAUGAUGCUGGACACGGGCAGGGGCCGCCCCAAGGAGGCGAUUGAGGAGUUGAGGGUGGAAGAUGAUGCGAAGCUUCAAGGUUUCAGUGCGCUGCACAUCGCGGCCAGUAGAUGUAGUCUUGAGGUGUGCAGGUACCUCGUCGAGGAGCUGCUGAUAGAUGUGGAUCUGGUCGACAAGGAAGGUCCAUCUAUCUUCAAAACCCUAAUAUACUAG